AUGUCUUCCAAUCUCACAGGGGAGGAACUCCGGCUGAUCCUGAUCGGAAAAUCCGGCAGUGGGAAAAGCGCCACGGGCAACACCAUUCUCGGACGGAAAGAGUUUGAGUCCACCUUGGCGGCAAAGACCACCACCCUGAAGUGCCAAAGGGGGCAAGGAAGCUGGCAGGGCAUGACGGUUUCCGUGGUCGACACGCCAGCCAUGUUUGAUUCUGACAACUACAAUGAGAUAGUGCGACGUGAGAUCAUGGCUUGUCUAGAGCUCUCCAGGCCUGGCCCCCACGCUCUGAUUUUUGUAACCCAGGUGGGGCACUUCACCCCAGAAGACGUAGCUGUCAUAAAGCAUGUCCAGGAUGUCUUUGGGGCUGAGUCCACCAGCCACACCAUUAUCCUGUUCACUUGCCUGGAGAAUUUGAGAGGCAUUCCACUGGAUGAGUACGUCACACAAUCCGGGGACAGGAAUUUGCAGGACCUGAUCCAGCGGUGCGGGAGGCACUUUUGCGGGUUCAACAACAAAGCCUCGGGAGCCGAGCGGGAGAGGCAGGUCCCCAAGCUGAUGGAGAUGGUGCAGAGAACCAUUUGGAAGAACGGCGGGCGAUAUUACACCAACCAGCUCUACUUGGAGCCCAACGCACAGGACGAGUAUGUCCGGAUGUUCAUCGAGCAAAACCGAAGAUGCACGAAAGCAUCACCGACCUGCUCUUUCUUCUAG